GCUGGUUUGAUGGCGGGUUGUGGUGCUUUAGGGCAACGUGUGAAUGUCUGUGGUGAAAAGGUGUUGGGUUGAGCCCCAGAGAGAGAUUAGCAACGAGCAGAAAGUGCUGCUGAAGAAAGAUUGACGGAGUUGAAAGAAGUCUUGGUGGAGCCGGAGGAAGAGAUGGAGGAUGAGCGCAGACUGCUGGAUUUCAGCCGGAUCCCCCUGAUAAUCUUACAGCGAAUAGAUCCCCAAAAUUCUUGCUUCUCUACAGAUGAGGGCAUUCACACCGAGCUUUGCACCCCGGAGAGAAAUUCCACUGUAGAUGAGCAGGAAUCAGAACCUCGACAGCUAAAAGAGGAGAAGGUGGAACAAGAACAGUAUAAAGAGGAAGACAGGCCACUCUACAUCAAUCAGUCUGAAAAGCAACUUGCUCUGAAACAGGAGACUAAAGACAUUUUGAUGAUUUCUUCUAACGUGCAAAGACUCCCCAAUGAAACAGAACAAAGCAGGAACAAACUCAUCUCUCAAGCCUUCCCAGAAGUUGAGAACCAGGAUCAGGAAAGAAACAAUGAGGAAACAGAAAAAAAGAGAGAAGAGCAGAAGCACAAACAGCUGGAAAGAACUGCUGACAUUUCAAAACCAAAAAGUAACAAGAAACCUCACCCUGACCAAAAUAUAUAUUCUUCUAAAACUGGUUAUAAAGACUAUUCUCAAUCAAGGCCCUUGAGUACACACACAAGAACAGACAAGGCACAGAAUCCUUUCUCAUGUAAGAGCUGUGGGAAAAAGUUUACCUAUAGAAGCCGUUUAGAAAUUCACAUGAGAACUCACACGGGUGAGAAGUCGUGGUCUUGUGUGACUUGUGGAAAAAGCUUUAGUCUGCCAAGCGUUUUAAAAUAUCACAUGAGAUCUCACACAGGUGAGAAGCCUUUCACAUGUGCAACCUGUGAAAAGAGUUACAAAGAUAGAAGUAGUUUAAUGUAUCACAUGAUGACUCACACAGGUGAGAAGCCUUUCAAAUGUGAGACCUGUAAUAAAGGUUAUAAAACAAAAUCUCUUUUGGUUCAUCACAUGAGAAGUCACACAGGUGAGAAGCCUUUCACCUGUGUGACUUGUGGAAAAGGUUUUAAACAAAAAUCUCAAUUGCUAUGUCAUAUGACAUUUCACACAGGUGAGAAACCGUAUUCAUGUGUGACAUGUGGAAAAAGUUAUAGUAAUAGAAGUAGUGUAACAUAUCACAUUACAACUCACACAGGUGAAAAGCCUUUCACAUGUUUGACCUGUGUUAAAGUUUUUAGACAAAAAAACGCAUUAAAAAUUCACAUGAAAUCUCACACAAGGGAAAAGUCUUUCCUGUGUGUGACCUGUGGAAAAAGUUACAGAUGUAGAAGUAGUUUUACUUAUCACAUGAGAAAUCACACAGGUGAGAAGCCUUUCAAAUGUGAGACAUGUGAAAAAAGUUUUACAAGUAAAAGUAUUUUGGUAAGUCACAUGAGAACUCACACAGGUGAGAAACCUUUCAAAUGUGAGAUAUGUGCAAAAAGUUUUACAGGCAAAUCUAAUAUGGUACGUCACAUGAGAACUCACACAGGUGAGAAACCUUUCAAAUGUGAGACAUGUGAAAAACGUUUUACAAGUAAAACUAGUUUGGUAAGUCACAUGAGAACUCACACAGGUGAGAAGCCUUAUUCAUGUGUGACCUGUGGGAAAGGUUACAGAAAUAAAAGUAGUUUCACUUGUCACAUAAGAACUCACACAGGUGAGAAGCUUUUCAAAUGUGAGACCUGUAAAAAAGGUUAUAAAACGAAAUCUCUUUUGGUUCAUCACAUGAGAAGUCACACAGGUGAGAAGCCUUUCACCUGUGUGACUUGUGGAAAAGGUUUUAAACAAAAAUCUCAAUUGCUAUGUCACAUGACAUUUCACACAGGUGAGAAACCUUAUUCAUGUGUGACCUGUGGAAAGAGUUACAGUAGUAGAAAUGGUCUAACUUAUCACAUUACAACUCACACAGGUGAAAAGCCUUUCACAGGUGUGACCUGUGUUAAAGUUUUUAGACAAAAAAACGCAUUAAACAUUCACAUGAAAUCUCACACAAGGGAAAAGUCUUUCUCGUGUGUGACCUGUGGAAAAAGUUACAGAUAUAGAAGUAGUCUUACUUAUCACAUGAGAAAUCAUACAGGUAAGAAGCCUUUCAAAUGUGAGACAUGUGAAAAAAGUUUUACAAGUAAAACUAGUUUGGUAAGUCACAUGAGAACUCACACAGGUGAGAAACCUUUCAUAUGUGAGAUAUGUGCAAAAAGUUUUACAGGCAAAUCUAAUAUGGUACGUCACAUGAGAACUCACACAGGUGAGAAGCCUUUCAAAUGUGAGAUAUGUGAAAAACAAUUUACAGGCAAAUCUAAUAUGGUAAGUCACAUGAGAAGUCACACAGGUGAGAAGCCUUUCAAAUGUGAGACAUGUGAAAAAAGUUUUAUAAGUAAAACUAGUUUGGUAAGUCACAUGAGAACUCACACAGGUGAGAAGCCUUACUCAUGUGUGACCUGUGGGAAAGGUUACAGUAAUAGAAGUAGUUUCACUUGUCACAUAAGAACUCACACAGGCAAGAAGCCUUGGAAACAAACCUAGCGAAACAAAG